CCCAUGCUCCGCACAUAGAAGACCACGUAAAUAUUUGAUCGUGGUGCGAAAAAAAAUGGCUUGGAUUUGCAGGUUGAGCGCUGAAAUUCUCCACGAAAUAUUUUCUUUCCUUACUGCUAAAACUGUGCUUAAUGUAACUGAGAYGUGCAAAUGGUUGAAGGAGUUUUUAUUGGAGAGCGAUAGUCUGUGGCAACGCCUUUGUUUUGAGGAUUUUAUAGUGUUCUUAAAAGUUAAAGGUCCUUUCCAAUCAUUCUUUGAAAUCUACAAAGCACUCUACAAAUACGACAAAGUCCAGGAGCAGAUUUAUGGCGAAAAAUGUCAGCUCACUUUCUAUUGUGACGUGUUUAAACUACCAGACUAUCUGUAUCACUGGUGCACACUCCUAUGUCAAUGCACAAUGCAUUGGCCUCUGUCACGUGGUAUUCUGACGAGGGAAAAAUUUAAGAAAAUGUGGGGCUUGCUAGAUGCUGACCUUGURGAGUUACCACCUAAUGGGUCUGGUCGACAUAUGUUAACUCUCUGUGAUCAUUUUCGUUCAGAAGGCUUCAUUUGGGCRGAUGGUCUUGAUGCGUCAGUCCUAAAAUAUGGCAGUAUUAGAAAAUUUCAUGAAGUUGCUCUGCAAAGAUGUAAGAAAAGUGUAAAGAGAAUUGAGGCAAAAUUUACCACAGCUGCAAGAGUUUUUCGUGUAAAGAAACUACUUUCUUUCCUGCACACUAACAAUUAUCAGAAAAUCGAAAAUUGUAUAAUAAGGGAGGAAAGAAGUUUGUUUGAUGAAGUCUAUUUUGAUGAAAAAGAAGAUGAUCUCUGCCUUAUGAUUCAACCUCGUAGCACUCCUUCAGAGGAUCCUUGUAAAAUUGGAGUUGACUAUGCUAGAGGUCUCUUGCAUAGACCUGGUUUUCAACAAAUUAUCAACUUCAGUAUGUUUUGCGUGGACCUUACAACAAAGUUAGAAGUUCUUCCACAGUUCACUGAGGAAGACAUCAAGCAGUGCACACAGUUUGUUURCAUCAAGCUGUCACACAAAGCAAAAGAAAAGCUCAUUUCCCCCAAGGAGUUCAUGAAAUGUGCAAGAAAAUAUGAAGAAAGAAUAGAUAGAGUGUGGAAAUGGCAGUGUAAGAAGGGAGAAGAACAGCAGAAAAAAUACAGAGGACAAGAAGUGAAAUCACACCAAUCUUACAAGAACUUCAUUCAAACUGGAGAUGAAAAAGAGUUUGAUGCUCUAAAAACCUAUUUUGAUGACACUAAAAAGCGAAAGAAGUAACUGAAUUAACCACAUGUCAUUCUCUUGAGUAUUAUUUCUUUUAUGGAUCCUUUUAAACUUUGGGAGUAAUGUUUUCCCACUUCAGGCCUCUUGUCAUUCCCUUGCUGUUGAGUUUGCUGUUAUCAUGAUGRAGUGUUUUUUUCAGAAUUCAAAUAUUGAUGGUUCAAGUGUUGUUUAAUAAAUAUUGAGA